CAGAGAGUAAAGGAGAUGCGCAGGCGGGGGCGGAGCAGACUCCGUUUCCCAUCGGGCAGCGCGGCGCCAUUGUGGCUGCUCUCGCAGCUCAUUGGUCUGCGGCCGAAGCUGGGCCUCGCUCCCCGCCCGGUGACACAAAGCAAAUUCAAGAUGGCUGAGGUGGUGGCGGGCAUCUCGCACGGAGGGGAUGCGGCUCUGCCGUGUCCGCCCGAAGAACAGGACCUGAUUCGGCGCCUCCGCAGGCUUUACCCCGCUGUCAACCAGGAGGAGACGCCGCUGCCGCGGUCCUGGAGCCCUAAGGACAAGUACAACUACAUCGGCCUCUCGCAGAGCAACCUCCGCGUCCACUACAAAGGUCAUGGCAAGAAUCACAAAGAUGCUGCCUCAGUCAGGGCUACACACCCUAUACCUGCAGCCUGUGGCAUUUAUUAUUUUGAAGUGAAGAUCGUCAGUAAAGGUAGAGAUGGGUACAUGGGAAUAGGACUGUCUGCUCAAGGGGUCAACUUGAACAGGCUUCCUGGAUGGGAUAAACAUUCCUAUGGGUACCAUGGGGACGAUGGGCACUCCUUCUGCUCUUCGGGGACAGGACAGCCCUAUGGCCCUACGUUCACCACUGGAGAUGUGAUUGGCUGCUGUGUCAACCUUAUCAACAACACCUGCUUCUACACAAAAAAUGGCCAUAGCUUAGGUAUAGCCUUUACAGACCUCCCUUCAAAUCUCUACCCUACAGUGGGUCUCCAGACUCCAGGAGAGAUAGUCGAUGCCAACUUUGGGCAGCAGCCAUUUGUGUUCGACAUUGAGGACUACAUGAGGGAGUGGCAAGCGAAGAUUCAGAGCACCAUUAAGCGGUUUCCCAUAGGAGACAGACUAGGCGAGUGGCAAGCCAUGCUGCAGAAUAUGGUUUCAUCGUAUUUGGUUCAUCAUGGGUACUGUUCAACAGCAACUGCCUUUGCCAGAAUCACAGACACCACAAUCCAGGAAGAGCAGACCUCAAUAAAGAAUAGACAAAGAAUACAGAAGCUAGUGUUAGCAGGCAGAGUGGGAGAGGCUAUAGAAGCCACCCAGCAGCUCUAUCCUGGCCUCCUAGAACAUAACCCCAACCUGCUCUUCAUGUUAAAGUGUCGACAGUUUGUGGAGAUGGUGAAUGGGACUGACAGUGAGGUCCGUUGUUUCAGUGCCCGCAGCCCCAGAUCCCAGGACAGUUACCCCGGGUCCCCCAGUUUAAGUCCUAGACAUGGAUCAAACAACUCACACAUUCAUAGUACCGGAGCGGACAGUCCAACCUGUAGCAAUGGAGUUGUAUCCAUGAAAAGCAAACAGAGUCACAGUAAAUACCCAACACUGAGUUCAUCAUCUUCAUCUUCCUCUUCCUCCUCCCCCUCAUCUGUGAACUACUCUGAGUCCAAUUCUACAGAUUCUACCAAAUCUCAGCAGCACAGUAGCACGAGUAAUCAAGAAACCAGUGACAGUGAGAUGGAAAUGGAGGCUGAGCAUUACCCUAAUGGAGUCCUGGAAAAUUCAUCUACCAGGAUAAUGAAUGGCACCUACAAACAUGAAGAGAUCCUGCAAACUGAUGAAUCCAGCAUGGAAGACAGCUGCCCCCAGAGGCAGCUGUGUGGAGGGAACCAUGCUGCCACAGAACGAAUGAUCCAGUUUGGACGUGAGCUGCAGAUUCUGAGUGAGCAGCUUUGCAGGGAAUAUGGAAAGAACACAGUGCACAAAAAGAUGCUUCAGGAUGCAUUUAGCUUGUUAGCUUACUCAGAUCCUUGGAACUGCCCUGUUGGUCAACAGCUGGACCCGAUCCAGAGGGAACCUGUGUGUGCUGCUCUUAAUAGUGCUAUAUUGGAAUCUCAGAACGUGCCAAAGCAGCCCCCACUGAUGCUUGCCCUGGGCCAGGCCUCGGAAUGUUUGCGGCUUAUGGCUCGCGUGGGCUUGGGCUCCUGCUCCUUUGCCAGAGUAGACGACUAUUUGCACUAGCCAGCUGAGCAAGAUGGAGUUGACAUCAUUGAGUGCUGCCCUUCACCUUCCGUUGCUGCCACUCUACACCACCACCUCGUUCAAUAGCCUGACCUCCCUGCCACCAACACCCCUCUAGCACACACACACACUGCCUGUGAACUGGUUGAGUGAGUCCCUCACUGUGUGGCUAUUCCCAACCCCAGGAACAGCUGGGAGAUCUUACCUGUCUCUGUGCCAUUGCUGUGGCUCUAGCGGCACUCAAUAUUUUGAUGGUUUUUCUAAUGUAGCACCUUCCAAUGUAGGGAUUUCUCUUUUGAUUUGAGCUGUUUCUCAUGGAUCCACCAAUAUUGUAUCUGGAGAGUUUUGCUGAGCUGGUGUCUGCUGAUUUACUGAGGAAGCUCAUCAAGUUGCUGACAGCUUGUUCUUGUCUUCCCUUCUUCCUCCAUUAUGCCCAUACAGCAUCAUCUUGUGUGCUAGUUACCUGAACUCUUCUCACAGUGGCAGAUCAGAGGGAAUUGUUUAUUUUGCUUGAAUCCUGUUUAUUAAAAAGGUCACUUACACCUCCACAAAGUCAUUGAUGUAUUUAUUGCCCACAGACUCAGUCCCAGCCAUACACAUCAUACAGCCCUUCAGGAAAUCUAGUGAGGUACAUCCUGUCAUGCACUAAUGAUGAAAAGUGGAGCAGCUUGGUCCUUUGUGGUGCAUGCCUCUCUUAAGAGCACAAGGCUCUCAAAUCCUUGUCUUUGUGAGUGGAAAGAUUAGAAGACUUGACAUUGCCUCUGUUAGUGGCUGAAUUGUAGCAGCGUCUUACAGCCCUGAGAAAUGGGUAAAUCAAGCUCUCACAGCAAUAAGAAGGACAAGAUUGUUGAAUGUUAAGCUAUCUACUGUUGUGUUGGUAGAAGCAGGUGGUUGGCGUCCAGGAAACAUCCAUGGAUGCUGCCAGUUGGGCUGUCAGUUUUGGUGUUGAAUCACAGCCCCCCGUUUUUCUCUGUAUAGGGCAGCUCUGUCACUAAAAUACAGUAAUAAUAGUACUUGCUGCUUCUCCCCAGGUAACACUGAUCUAAAUGAGUACUUUUAAAUUUGGAAGUGUCUUGGGAACAGUAAGCUGACCUGUGUUCACCCUUGCAGAUGGCACAUGGCUGAGAUCAGGCUGUGGUUUACAUCAGUACCAACUUUGUAAGGUCUGAGCCAUUCAGAAGGAAGCAGCAACAUUUCUUUAUGGAGUGCUAAGAAAAUUAUUCUAAUUUCAGACCAAAGCAAGGAUCUGUGCUUGAGUAACCUCGAAGUAAGGUGGAUUAAUGUGUCCCUCUGCAGUAUGUAUCAGGCCCAGGGACUUGAGGGCUACUGAGCUUCUGGCAUUCAAAUCAUCUGCCUGUGUUUCUGAGCAUGUACUUUUAAGUGGUGAGGCUGUGUAGCAGGACCAUGUGCUUUGAAUCCACUGGUAAUAGCCUUAGAAGACUUCAGGUUCAGUCUGGCUGCACAGGAGGAAGUGUAGUUCUGCACCAGAUGAGUUUUAGGUCAGUAGCUCUGAGGAGGGCCCAUUAGUGCUGAGACCCAACAUGUAUUUUACUGCUGUUUAUGAAUUGUUUUUUGAAAGGUCAGUGACAGAUGAAGAGAUUGUGUUGAAGUUUGCCCUGAAAAUGGAGGUUAGGCAGCGCCAGGGCUUCACAGCCAGAGAGCUUGUGUGCUGCUGAAGAAGGGAUGGUGCUAUGUGACCUCUGUGCAGAGCGUUAAUGAUUUUCUGCAUUUGCAGGCUUGGUUUGCAGAUGGAACAUGAGGUCUGAAACCAAGGUAGAGCAGGGACCAGGUGUCCCCUACACUGCAGAAGGCAACUGAGGCAGUGAAUGUGCAGAUGGUGUUGGAGGUGGUUGGCAAUGCGCAUUUAGUGCAUAAGGAAUACCUUUUAAUGAAGGUAUACAAUGUGUAAAGGCAGUGCUUGAGCAGUGGUGGCCGAAGUAAACAGGCAACAUGAAGUUUAGAGAUGGAGGAGAGAUUUUUAUUAGAUCAACUCAGCUGAAAAAACUGGAGGAGUUCUGUGUACUAAAGCUUUUCUUCUAGACACACAGGAGCAGAGAACUGCACCAUGCAGAAUUCAACUUAAUUUGAGGCAUCUGGGAACAGCUCAUGUGGCUGGAAGCUCCACUACUGAUUCUCAACUCUGCUGGUUGUCCCAGUGAGGGCUGUUACCCAGGCUGCAGUCCUUUCCUGGCUGCAGCUGCAGAGACAAUUAACUCCUUUCUGAAGCCCUUGUGUGCCUGUGCUGAGCCUAAGGCAGUAUGUGAACUUGUCCUGGUGAGAGAUUCUUCUGCAGGCUCUCCAUUUCUUAGACCCAGGCUUAAGGCAUGCUGAGAGGCUGAUUGUGGCUGAAAAUACCAUAGUACCUGGCUUUGCCUUUCACAUUUGGUGACUUCCUCUGUUGUUGGUCACCAUUCAGCUUGCUGCUGUCUAGCUGCAGUCAGGCUUUUCUCUCGUCUUUGUAACAACACAGUCUUUUUCUGAGCUUUUUUGUUCCUUCUUUUGGUGGUUUCUUUAAGCCAAGUCUCUGUCAUGUGUCAUAUUAAUGCCUCAGUCUCUCAGCAAAGCUGUACUGACUAUCCUAGAGCAUUUUAUUUUGCAUUGUUUUCCUUUUCACUGCAAAACCCCCCAGAGAUGCUCCUAGAUACAGGGUUAUUCUGGUGCCAAGAAAUCCUGGUGUGAUGAGAUGGUCUCUCUGGCUUCUCAUGGAGAGCAUCCCUGUCGUAGAAACCAUCUUGCUCUUGUGUCAGGGUUAGUGUUGACGGGUCACACUCUUACUGGUGACUAAUUGUCAGUGUCCCUCACUGCCACAAAUGAUGUGCAGCACUGAUAAUGGCAGCAGAUCCCUGUAGACGAUCUACAGGGAAAGAGCUACAGAGAAAGAUCUACAGGAAGAGCAGUGAUGCUUUCCAUUUCUUACAGUCAAAGCAGUAAUGGCAGCUUGAGUUCUUCUUCCUUUUCUGCUUGACCCAGUUCCUGACCAGCCUCACUGCUGUAACCAACACCCAUUGCUGCUCCCAGCUUCUCUUGCCUGCUCUUGUACCUGCUGUCCUGAUCCUGAUUUUUGAGGAGUGCAAAGGCUUUUCUGCUGUGACAUAUCUGUCACCUGUUACUUGUUUGGUUUUUUUUUUUAUUUCAAGUGUUAUUGUGGUUUCACUAGUGGUUUCUCGUUGUCCUCAGAUUCUGACUAACGCAGCCAUGACUUCAUGUGGGGAUGUGUAAGUGUGUUUGUAGUGUGUGGGGUGUAGGUGUAGGUUUCAGCCUACUAUGGAUUUCUAGACAAUAUGUCUGACUUGGCUUUCCCAGACUAUUUUUCAAAGCCUUUUGGUCUUUGAAUGUCCCUGGCUGCUCCUUGAUGGUUCAUGUCAGCUGAGACUUGGUUUGAAUUCUUGCAGUCAUUUUAAAAAAACAAACAGAACUUAACUGAAUUGAGGGUUUUAACUUUAAUUGUGAUUGCACAUCUAAACAAAAGCUAUGUGCAGUUUAAAAAAUUACUUUUUUUAAAGUGAUCUGGGAUUUGUUAUUUCAGAUGCUUCAUUCUUUGCUCAGAAACAGGUCUUAGAAUCAUAGAGUAAUAAGACAGCUUGAAUGGGACCUUGAGCAACCUGGUCUAGUAGAAUAUCAUCCAGUUCCAACCGUCCUGCCACGGGCAGGGACACCUUCCACUAGACCAGAUUGCUCAAGGCCCAUCCAAUCUGGCCUAAGAACACGCCAGCUGAGACUCUGCUUCAUCUGGGCAAUCCCUCACAGUGUGACUUCUCCGAAGAGCCCUUCAGUAAAGCCAUACAAAUGAUUGAGUAGCCCCUCAUAGAAACUGCUGGCUUCCCAUUUCUAGGUGAGGAGGACAAGGUCUCAGCUAUGGCCCUGUUUUAUCAUAUAAUGAAUCACAGAUUGGUUUGGGUUGGAAGGGACCCUAAGGAUCAUCUAGUUCCAACCACCCUGCCAGGGGCAGGGAUACAUUAUAAUGUUGACACCUAUGUUGCUCUCUACUGGGCUGGACUUCAGAUUCUAGAAGAAGGUUUUUCCAAACCACAGGCAGACACUGCUCAUAUUUCUCAUCAUGGAGUCCCAAGUGGGGCUUUAUAGCUAUGGCAUACUUCCCAGGAUAUGAAAUGCUGCAGCUAUAAACAACUAAACCUAUUCUAGGUCUUCUGUGUCUGUGCAUUAAGGGGGUCUCUGCUCUCCACUAAUCAGUCCAGAGUCAGCACCAAAUAGCUGUAGUCUACACGGUGGCAAGCACACUCCAGCUAUGUGUAGUGGACUUGUCAGGCCUGGGGUAACCGUUUGACUUGAUCUUAAAGGUCUUUUCUAACCUAGUUGGUUCUAUGAUUCUACAUACUCUGGACACCAGCCAUUCUACCCAUCUACCUCCAAUGCUGCAUUGCAGCAAGGGCCUCUCAGAAGGAUAAUGUUUCAGAGGGAGUUAGUGAAAACCUGCUUUUCAGGGUGUUGAACUGCAGCCCUGCACAUCCUGGGCUUUGGUUUUGAGCCUUAUGCCCUGCCUUGUUAAGUGGCCCUUUGAAAACAACAUUUUGGGAACUCCAGACUUGGAGCCUUGGUUAAAGUGUUCUUUGGGGCUUCUGUGUAGGGAGCAUCAUGGAGCUGAAUUACAUCACCAGGCUUCUCUCCUCACAGACAAGGGUCUGUGCUGUCCCCAUAAGCAGUGAGUGCAGUCAUAUCAACAGUAACAUGGGAGAACUUCGGGGUGAUUGAUUCAAGAGGUGGAUGCGUUGGAGUAGCUGGGAAAAAUGCUUCUGGGAGGUGUAUCCACCUCAUAUACCUUGUAUUCCAGUUCUGACCAUCUUAGUGGCCUCUGCUGGAUGCAUUCCAGGGCCAUUUCUCCUGUACCAAGGAAGCCAAAUCUUCUUGUUCUUGUUUCUCUUAGAGCCAUCUUGUUCUGAAUGACUCCUCCUGUGGCUCCAUGAUCCUAUCCUAGCAGGUAUUUAACAAAAGCUGAUACAAGACUUGCAGGGUUGGGUGAACUCUCAGUCAGGCUAUCCUGUGAGCAGGCAAGGCAGCAGUCUGUUUCCUAUCCAAACUUAGGUGUACUCUCAGAGCCAGCUUGUUUGGGGAAAGCUCUUACUGCUCUUAGAUAUCCUUUCUUGCUCCUUUGCCUUGCACAAUCCCAGUGUUCUCUCAUCUGUGGGACUACCAGAGGUGGUAUCUAUGGUGUUUGGUGCUGCAGAAGCUACUUUGAGACCAGGGUCAACGCUGCAGCUCAUG